UUCUUGUCCUCUAGAUGGUAUCCUCUGAAAUCGAAGCCAGGCAAGAAAGAGAAGGAUCGCGGUCAGAUAGAGGUGGAGGUCCAGUUCAUCAGGAACAACAUGACGGCCAGUUUGUUUGACCUCUCCAUGAAGGAGAAAUCGCGCUCACCCUUUGGCAAGCUGAAGGACAAGAUAAAAGGAAAGCGGCAGGAUGGUUUGCCCGACACGGCGUCCGCCAUUGUCCCCAGCAUGAACCAAUACAGCGACGAGAGCGACACAGAGAUGCCUGAGGCAGAGAAGAAGAAAUCCAAGCUGAAGACCUUGUUCUCCAAGCCGGGACUGAAGAAGAACUCACUUUCCCAGUCCAUGUCUGUCCUUCCAACACUUCCACCAUCCCCCUCCCAGAGAACUGUACUGAGGCCUGGUGACUUCUCAUCCGACUUCAGGCAAGCCUCAGGAUCCCCCGUGUCCGAGAGUGAGUACUCGGGUCCAAUAAUCAGUCACAAAAGAACGGCCAGCGCAGACACCAAGCAGUGGAAUCAGAUCACCUCCGGAAACAAGAAGGAUGGACUGUCUAUAUUCAGCGGCUUGAAGUCCAAGAAUGACCCAAUGACUCGAUCCAACUUGUGUAUCAAUGGAAAUCACGUGUACAUGGAGGAGUCGGAACCCAAAAGUGACAGUUCCAAGGACAGUUCUUUGACCAACUCCCCCCAGAUCCCCCGGAAAAGUCCACUUUAUGCUUCAGCUGAGAAUCUGUCCUUCAAGCCAUCCAAGGAGACAGUAAACCCAUCCAGUGGUAAUGAGAAGGGGAUGACGUCUUCCACUUCUAAUUCUUCCCUCAAGUCUUCUGAACAGCCGGCGACCCAAACACCGCAGGUUGAGGAGCCAAGAUCAAAAAGUCCUCCACUGAUCUCCGAUGUCCCAAAAGAAGAAAAGAAGGACAAUAAGAAACCGGAAAACAAGAAGUCGUCUUUGUUGUCGUUUGUUACUGGGAAAAGGGAAACGCCCAAACCGGCAGAGAAUGAACAGGUUACUGCCGUCCCCUCGAAGAAAGAGGAACCCAAAGCAUCCAAUGGGCAGCGCCUUACAGAAGAAACCAGCAAGAAGACCUCACUGAACCCAUUUGAGGAGGAUAUGGUGGAGAAGAAACCAGAACCUCUGCCUAGUGAAAGGAAUUCUAAAACCUCUGCUGUCAAACCCAGGUGUGUAAUACUUUCAUGA